AUGCAUAAAAGUCCAUUGCGUUUAAACCUUAAACGGGAUAGCACCAAGUCGUACAUUUUAAACGAAGUGAACGGAACAUAUUCUCUAGGUGGCCACGUCGGGCACUUUUUUGAUGAAUUUGCCAAAAUCCAUAACGCUACGAUAACAUUUCCCUGUGGUUACUCCGAUGCCUUGAUAUUUGAUGACCUCUUGGAUAAUAAUACCAUUGAUAUGUCCCAACAGUUAUCCUAUAAUAUCGACAUAAGUGAUAGGGUCUUCAGUGACUCCUAUGAAUUCUUUGACUGGUGCAUAAUGGUACCCAUAGAGAAGCGAAUUCCGAACUAUAUGUAUUAUGCCAAACUUUUCAAUUUUGACAUUUUAUGGCUUAUUUUGACAACGGUUGUGCUCUUGACAUCAUCAAUUGCCUUAUCAUUGUGGUUAGAUGGCAAUACGAUGCGUAUCUGGGAAUCUCUUCUAUACAUCUACAAUGGAGUAUUGGGCCAACCAUAUCAAAUGAUCAAUAAUCCAUCGCGUGUUCGCUGCGCACUCUAUAUGUUAACAUGUCUUGGAGGUAUUAUUCUGAACACAACCUAUAGUUCAUACCUGCAAAGUUUUCAUGCCAGCCCACCCAAGGAGAAGGCCAUCAACACUCUAAACGAUGUCUUGGCCAAUCGAAGGAAAAUCCUAAUGUACAAGGAUGAAUAUGAAAUAAUGGUCAAAUAUCUCGCCCAAUCGAAUAAAAUAUAUGCAAAAGUUAUAAAAACUGUACCAACCUUUUCGGAAUUUUAUAAAUUGCGUGACAGCUACGACACACGUUACUUAUAUACCGUACCCUCAGUGCAGUGGCGUCAAUACGAUGAACAACAGAAAUUCUUUGCCAAAAGGAAAUUUCGUUUAUCCGAUAUUUGUUUUAUGAAAAUGUCACCGCUAAUGAUAACAAUGCAAGCCAAUUCACCAUUUGAAGAGCCCGUUAAUGAAAUGAUUGGUCUUCUGCGUCAGGCUGGCCUUCUCAGGCACUGGCAAUGGAUGGCAUUCUUAGAAGCUAUACAAAGGAAACGCAUAAGUUUGUUGGAUCACAGUGAAAAGAAUAUUUUCGAGCCAAUGAAAUUUGAAGACACUAUAUGGUUUAUGUGUUUGUAUUUGAUUCUUUGUGGUGUGUGUGUUCUAAGUUUCCUAUUGGAAAUUCUUUGGUCACGACGUCAUGACAACCUUGUGGAUGGCGGUUGA